AUGUCCAGGCCAUUGAAUAAGGAUUAUCGCCGUGCUGACUUUGACCAGCUGCUGCACACCAUAGAAAAGCAUCCGCUGAUGCAGAAGGCCAGGCCCGAACAACUUGAAAUGCAACGGCUUCGCACGCCCGAGUAUCGCUCCAAGUGCGUGAUGCGAGCCUCUUUAGACGACAUUGCACUGGGAAUAAAUCUAUACAAAAUCAAACUGAGUAGGGAUGACCCCACUACUGCCUUCGCCAGUGAGACUCCUCCUGAGCCAUUACAUCCCGCCAAGUCCGCCAAAGCACCUGCCACGCCGUUCAUCAAAGUGCUACUCCGCAAAACACCUAUGGUAGUCCUUUACGAACGGUACAGUAUGACGGCGCUUGCGGACAGUGAGGAAGGAUGCCAGGUGCUGGCCGACAAUCGGCGCUAUGAGGAGUUGCUUGCCGGCACGGACAAAACCAGACGCACCGUGGACGCAGACACACAAACUCUGACGGCCCUCAAGAAGUCACGGCUGGUCAACACUGAACGACUGACCACAGACCAUAUCGGCUCGUAUGUAUCCAACUUUGAAAUGUUCGACACCUAUCAAGAUCUAGAGAGCUCCACCAAGAGCGUACAAGUGCAGGGGCAGGAAAAAAUGGAGAUCACCACCUACAUGGUGGGUGGCGUCGAUCAGUUUGUCGGCAUCAACAAGCUGCCCAACUUCAAGCUGGCCCUCAUGCUGACCAUGCGCCUGUUGGCGAGCAAUGUGUUUGAGGCGCAGCAACGACGCUUCCGCAAUAUGGCGCCGCCAGAUCCGUUGGCCGAAGAUGUUAAGUUCAAAUACCGUCUGCGUUUGCUUUGGCGUCUGGAAGCACCCAGGACAGAGGCUGUGAAGGAGGCCCUAUCACUAGGUCAGCAGGCUGUCACCGAUAUGAGUUUUUGUCCCAGCAAUGGGGACAUUUUGGCCGUGGCCUAUGGUGUCUACACCUAUGCGCAUGUAAGCUCGUUACCUCGUUGCGGCUACGUCUACGUAUGGAACAUCAAGAAUCCUGUCAACCCUGAGCGCUGUUACAAUUAUCAAGUGCCAGUAGUUACUGUGGAGUUUUCCGCGGCUGUUCCCCAAUUGCUGGCAAUCGGUCUAUACAACGGCAACAUUGAAGUCCGUGACAUAUCGCAACCGGAGCUGCCACCGGUAGCAAUCUCCCAACGUAUUAGUUCGCCUUACUUCGAGCCCGUGACUGCCAUUAAGUGGAUACAGCGCAGCGAUGGCGAUGUCGGGGGCGACACUGACACCACGCCCUUUUUGGCAAUCUCCCAGGCAGGUGCCGUCACCAAAUAUCGUCUAAUCAAUAGCCCCCACCUGCUAGGGUUCGAGCAGCAGCGACUGCAACGUUCUGAGGGCGAGCUGGAGGGCAUCCAGCUUGAUUUGGGUGCUUCAGUUCCGCUCCUAUCGAAUCGGCACCCCCAGUGCCUGGAACUGCUUGUGGAUCCCCUGCAUGCCGACAUAUACUAUGUCCUUACCGACGAGGGCACUAUGUAUAAAUGCUCCACCAACUAUCCGCAGCAGUAUUUAGAGUUACGACAGAUCCACGAAGCACCCGCCGUCUGCAUGGAUUUCUCCCCAUGGUCGCCCAAGUUGUACCUCACGUGUGGCAGCGAUUGGUGCAUUCGUAUCUGGCUUGCCGGCAUACUGAAGCCAGUCAUUACGCUACGUCAUCAUUUGUCACCUGUGCACUGUGCCCGGUGGAGUCGCACUCACUCAACCAUUCUGGUAUCGCUGACUCGCAGCACCGUGGACAUUUGGGAUUUGCGAAACAGUACGUUAAAACCUGUAUCCUCAACCACAAUUGAUGCCCAGAUUUUCUACACAACUUUCCGAUUCACACUCUGCGGUCGUUCGCUAGCUGUGGGCAAUGAAGCUGGCCAUUUGUUGAUGCUAUCCUUUGAGGACAUGCCCUUUCCGCCACACUUUCAAUACAAGCAACUAAAACGCGCUUUAUUCAAAGCCUUGGCCAUGGAACCCUCAUUAAUGCAGCAAGUGAAAAGCGUGGGCUUCUUUGGCUACCCGACUGGCAACAAGCAGCCAAAUAAAUAG